UCAACUCAAGAGUUCAAACCGUAGAAGAAGAAGUAGCUGUCAGAUAAAAUGGCUGUGGGACGAAGCUAGCUACCUGGCUAAUGUAAAUAUUCACCUACAGCACGCUGAAAAGACGACUACGAGAACCUUACCCGAUAAUAUCUGAGACGAAUGAAAGUUCGUCUUUUGCCUUAGUAAGAUGAGCCAACGGCGGGGCAUCCAUGUGGACCAAUCAGAGCUGCUCUGUAAGAAAGGAUGUGGAUUUUAUGGCAACGCAGCCUGGCAGGGUCUGUGCUCAAAGUGCAAGCGAGAGGAAAAUCAGCUAGAAAAGCAAAAGCAGAUACAGGAGGAUCGGGCGCUUGCUGAAAGGCUGCAGAGAAAGGAACAGGAAAUCUAUGCAAGCAGACAUCAGAGGACGCAAUCACAGCCUUCAGUGACACCCUUCAGCAAGUCUGAUGAAAGAAAGCCAAAAGAGAAAUCCAGCAAAGUCACUACAGUCACUAAGUUUUUCACUCAGUCAGCAAAAACACCACCAAAAAAAGAUGUUGCUUCGUUCGACACGCAGUCGAUGCCGAGUCCCAGCUCCUCGGUGGGUCGACACGCCUCUCUGGACGGUGACCAGGCCACGCGGGACUUCAUUGAAUUCCUGAAGCCUCUGAAGUCUGGCCGGGAAAUCUUCAAACAGUGUCGGGCUUUCACCGAGAGCAUGGUGUAUAAACGGGACGCGGGAGCUGAGGAACUGUCCGACUGUGUGCAGGACUUCUACCAGAACCUCUCAGAACGCCUGCAGAUCCAGUCUAAAGGUUCGUCCGAUCACGUCGAGAUAGUAAUGGAUGAAGUAGAGAAGUACAUGAUGAGUCGCCUUUACAAAGAGGUCUUCUGUCCUGAAACCACAGACGAUGAGAGUAAAGACUUGGCCAUUCAGAAGAGAAUCAGAGACUUGCACUGGGUCACCCUGGAGAUGCUGUGUGUGCCGGUAAACGAAGAGAUCCUCGAGGCCUCGGACAGCGUGGUCAAAGCCAUAACGGAUGUCAUUGAGAUGGAUUCAAAGCAAGUCCCUAAGGACAAGCUGUGCUGCAUAACUCGCUGUAGCAAACACAUCUUCAACGCCAUCAGAGUGAGCAAGAAGGAGGCGGCGUCUGCAGACGACUUCCUCCCUACUCUCAUUUACAUCGUGCUGAAGGCGAAUCCUCCACGACUGCAGUCCAACAUCCAGUACAUCACACGUUUCUGCAAACCCAGCAGACUCCGAACCGGAGAGGAUGGUUACUACUUCACUAAUCUGUGCUGCGCGGUGGCCUUCAUCGAGAAGCUGGACGGUCAGUCUUUGAACCUGAGCUCUGAGGAGUUUGAGCUCUACAUGUCGGGCCAGGCGUCCCCCCACUGGCCGCGGUCCGCUGGAGCUGCCGCUUCGUCGUCAUCCUCCUCCACCCGCACCGGUGCUCUCGCUCAAGCCCACAGCAGUCUGGACCUGCUAAACGGGCUCAGCGAGAGGCAGGAGCGCGUCAUAGAGAAGGCUCACCAGCUGGAGAGUGACCUCAUCGACUGGACGGAUGAGGUGGAGCAGAAGGUGCAGAGUGCGUUGGAGAGCUUCCCACUGGAAACGCUAAACUCCGCUGCAACCAAAGCUAGCGGGACGGCGUCCGCAGCGUCAUCAGCAAUCGACUCUGAUAAUGUUGAGAACGAGCUGCUGCCCCCGCCGCUCCAACCUCAGGUGUUUGCCGGCUAAGAAUCCGCCGGAGGCCGAACUCCACCGCCCCGACCUUUCUCGCUGUCGGACCUCUCUGUCCGUUUGCACAUCCAGCUGCUGUCGACUCCACACAUCUGCUGCCUCAGAGGCUGUGAAACUAGCAGAAACGUUACACGACUGCAGAUUUAACGGACUCGUCUGCGCAUAUUCUCCUUCCUUUCAGAUUUAAACAGGAAGAUUGAAACCACUUCAGCAUCUGUGCGGUAGAUAAGAGCCAGAUGUUGAGUUUAGCACAAUAAUCUGGGAGAUAACAGCAUAUCAAAGUUCACUUUCUGGCAUUUUGAUGAACUCUAAAUUUUCUUCUAUUCAGUUAUCUUGUUUGAAUUUGUGCCGCUGAAGCCUAAAAAUGAACAUUUGCAUCCAUCGUUACCUAAAAUCUGGAUUUUACUGGAUUUUUCAAGCGUUGACUUUUAUCGCAAAGGAGAAAAAUGACUCCGGUCUUAAGCUCUUCCUCAGUAGCUGUCCUAGUUGUUGCAGUGUGGAAAAAAAGCUUCUCACGCGUUCGGAGGACUUGUCGUUAGCGUAGGUUUGUGUGUGGAAACAAAUGUAACCAAAAGAGGAUUUUUAGUUUGAAAAAUCAAAUAUUUUCUUGCUCAGUUCCUCUCCGGCUCAUGCUAACUUGUGCAGGAUUGAGCCCAAAAGUCCCAGAGAAGUCGAGCAAAUGUGUGUGUUUGUGCGUUGAACGCACACGUGCGAGUGCGUGCAUGUGCACGUUUCAUUCACGGCGGUAAUUCAAUAACUCCUCUGGUUGUCUGUGUCGAUGUAGCCGUCUCGUUUUCGUUCCAGACCUCGCUCCAGCCACAGGCCGGGUGUACAGAGGUGAUUUUAUUUUUUUAUAGAUUUUAUCGAUUCCUCUUGACGACAUGAAACCUGUAAUAUUUACAGCAGCUGAAGAAAAUAGAAGAUUCACUCAGAUUUGGGUUUCUCGAGGCUGCGAGCAUGCCUGCCGAGGAGCCGCUGUAGGUGACGCCAUUCUGAUGCUCUUUUUAACGUAAUCAGACAAAAAUAAGCCGCGUUUCAGCAAAGAUAAAACAUCAAAAUCACUCUAGAGCCUGUGGUUGUGACGCUAGCGCACAUGUCUAUUUAUUUUAAAGCACCUUUAUCAGAUUUAGAGUAAAAAAGAAACAACUUCCAUCCGGUGGUGUUGGUUCAAAGUCUGUGUUGCAGCAGUUUCACAGGAAAGGAAACACAGUUUGAACUUGAGGCACAUGUUUUUGCUCAUAAGCUGAAGUUUUUUUGUCUCUUUUAUGUUACGAGAUUUGACUCCUUGAGUUGAUUUUUGCAAACAGGAGGGUUGUUUUAGAGGGGUCUUAAUGCAGAGUUCAACCGCCUUUUUGCACGGUAUGCAGGACCGUAUUUAUUUGUUAUUUUAAGUCUUCCUGUUCUUGUUUAACGUGGGAGAAACUGAGUACUGCCUUUAAUUUAAGACUAACUUAUCGGGACCGUUUGAUUGGCCGCCGUGGGUGUGGUGAUCAAUAAAAGUAGCUCUGAAACGCCA